AUGUCCGAGAAGUCAGGGCAGAGCACCAAGGCAAAGGAUGGCGGCAAAACAAAGUAUGCAACCCUUAGCCUCUUCAAUACCUACAAGGGCAAGUCUUUGGAAACCCAGAAGACUGCAGUCGCUGCCAGACAUGGACUGCAGAGUUUGGGCAAAGUUGCUGCCAGCAGGCGCAUGCCCCCUCCGGCUAACCUGCCCAGUCUGAAGGCGGAGAACAAGGGCAACGACCCCAACGUGAACAUUGUACCCAAAGACGGCAGCGGCUGGGCGUCCCGAAGCGAAGCGGGAGACGAGAGGCAACAAGAGACACCCCCACCCCAGGCCAAACCAGCAGUGGUCCCACCUCAAGAGCCUCCGUCAGGGGGAAGCCGCUCAUGGGCCAAUAGCAAGCAGACACUGCUCGACGGUGCUCCUCGUGUGAGCAGCCAUUUCCACCAGGAAUUCCCCAGCUUGCAGGCGGCCGGCGAUGGGGAAAAAGAUGGCCAUCAAGAUGAGGAGGAGGAGCCGUACGGACCGGGUCCCAGCCUCAGACCUCAAAAUGUCGGGAGUUGGCGGGAAGGUGGUGGAAGGAAUUUGAAUACCGCAUCCAGCCCCUCUGAGAUGGACAACAGGCCCCCAGAGGAUGGAAGCGCCGUCCCCGAUAACUCCGCGACCCCCGAUGAUCCUGACGAGACCGGGCGAAAUAUAACCACUGACAGUCAGAGAGAGAAGAGGGACGGCAGGGACAAGCUGCCAUCCUCCGGCCCCUCUCAGCCUAAACUUAACGGAGGCCAGCAACCACCCUCAGGGGUGCCCUCCCACUUUGACCCCACAUUUAGGAGCAUGAUGCCACCUUAUAUGUUUCACGCUUAUCCUCAAUUGUCUCAAGGCCCUAGGCAAGCCAAUGUCCGAUACCCUUUGACACAAGAUGGACUGAGGGGCGCUCGCUCGGCACGACCACAACAACCACCACCUCAAGCAUGGCUCCAGGAUCCCGAUCGACCUUCAAUUGUAAGUGCAACGGAACUCAAAGAACUGGACAAUUUGGACACCGAUGCAGAUGAGGGUUGGGCAGGAGCGCAGAUGGAGGUGGAUUACACAGAAAAACUCAACUUCAGUGAUGAUGAGGAGAACCAAGCUGCUAAGGAAAAAGGAGAAAACUGGCAAUGGAUGGGUAAAGUGGAGCGUAUAAGAUCGCGUCCUCAAGACGGUCAGGAAGGCUGGCAGGAGGGAUCAGAGGAGCAUGCAAGCAGUAAAACAUCAUGGGCAGACAAUGUAGAUCUCAGAGCAUCAUCACCUGGCAAUGCAGCACACUACAACAAAGUGGCUCCCACGCAAGACUACCAGGGUGGCUCUCGCACAAGCAGUGGUGGUGGCGCGCCGCGUGGCAGUAAACCGUCAGCUGCUGCUGACGAGGACUCGAAGGCCUGGCAACAGAAGCGCAAGAAGUCAUCAGAAGUCUCCGAAGCUGUGGAGCGAGCAAGGCGCAGGAGAGAAGAAGAGGAAAGGAAAAUGGAAGAGCAGCGCCUUGCCGCAUGUGCUGAAAAAUUGAAAAGGCUUAAUGAAAAACAUCGUCAAUCGACCGAGGUUCAAGCAGUUGUGCCUCAGGCUGUGGGUGAUGAGAGUCUCGCUCCCCAAGAGGAAGCGUCCUCAGCUCCUGAUCCUGCAUCCAGUCCUGUGACCUUAAUCACAGUUUUACAGCCACAAGCCUCUGUUGUGCAAACUCAUAUACCCGAAAGGGCUGACCGGGACGUAGAAAGAAACAAACUAGAGCAAGUUGAACCAAAUGUUGAGGAAGAGGAGGCAGCGGCGCCCUUACCUCAUCGUCCUAUUUCUCCUGCCCAGAGGCCUGUGGUCUCAGCUCCCGAGCCUCAGACUGAAACAGAGAGCACCUUGACAGAGGUCGAGCUGCUCGUUGAUGAGAAUCAAACUGAACGGACAACAGUGCCUAUUCGAGACUACUUCAACAUGGAAGAAAACAAAGUGGAUGAAGCACACCUGUCACUGCCUCACAUGGACACCCCCAGCGGCGAGGACGUUGCCAUUGCACCCCCACUGCUGGAGGGAGAGGCCGCUGCUGCUAUGCGUCCUUCCCUCACUUCCGGUUACUCCAAACAAUUUCAGAAAUCUCUGCCGCCUCGUUUUCUCAGACAACAGGAGCAAAUGAAGCAGCAGCAGUGGCAACAACAGCAACAACAAAGUGGGGGGUCUGUCUCACCUUCAAGUAGUGGUGGAGUACCAGCAACCCAGCAACAGCAGCAGCAACACCGCUCAAUGUAUCAACCCAUUGGGCCCCAUCACCAGCACUUGGCCUCCAUGGGUUUUGACCCCCGCUGGAUCAUGAUGCAGUCCUACAUGGACCCUCGCAUGAUGUCGCGUCCCAUUGACAUACCGACCAACAUUCACCCUGGGAGGAUUGCACCAAAGCAGAUUGCACGCAGAGAGCCAGGAGACAAUUCCAGCUCCAGCUCAGACUCCUUUGACCACUUAACCCGACCCAUCCGUGACCAUGGCUUGCCAUCGGACUCAAGGAUGGUGUGGGGUUCUGACCCAUACCCGCCAUCAGAGCCACUGCCAUCUGUAACUCCUCCUAAAGGUCAUGAAGAUAGCAAGGAGCCAAGGAUUGACUCUGGUUUAGAUCUGGAAAGGGGUCUCCCGCCAAUGUAUCCCCAGGAACACGGUCCGUUGGACUCGCGAAAGAGUAACUUUUUCAGGGACCCGCCUGAGCCUAUACCAGCCUUUUCACAGAGCCCCCAUGAUAUGACCGGACCGAUUGACAGGAUUCCUGUAACCUCGGGCUUCGACCCUGAUGAAUCUGGUUUGCCAAGUGGGGAGGAAGUCGAAGCACUUGGAAAAGCUAUGCUGCAGAGAAGUGUCUCCCAGGGCUCCAGUCACUCCCUUAAGCUUGAUGAACCCAGGUUUGAUGGGCUACCACUGGGAAGCAAAGCCUUAGAGCUGCAGGACUCAGUUGAUCGGUCCGACGAUAAGCCUCAAAACGAACUCUUCGCACCAGCCACAAUGACCAACAACAGGGUCACUUCACCGGCCGAUGGGCUACACAAACCAGAGAAGCUGCCUCUACCCAUUCCUAGUAAACAGAAAGCUGAACUACGCUGGGGUGGGAGGCCCGGCCGCAGAGAAGGACCUGGGGGGGAGAGACCCCUCCGCAGGUCCGGACCAAUUAAGAAGCCUGUUCUAAGAGAUAUGAAAGAAGAGCGAGAGCAAAGAGAAGAGCGAGAGAAGCGUCACGAGAGAGGAGAAAGAGGGGACAGAACCAAAAAGGACCAGUCGUCCAAAGUUCCUUCUGUGGUUGGUGCUGUCUCCGCUGCCACUACUGUGGCUUCUGCUGUCUCUGAGGUCUCGAGAGUACAGGUUGAGAGCAAGAGAGACGCUCCAGAGGUUGAGGAAACUCACAUUAAUAUUUCAAAAGCCAGAGAGUCCCAGACAUCGUCUGGGGUUCCUACGUCGUCCUCUCAGGAGGAUAAGACUGACAAACUGCCUGGCAAUGACAAGCAUGCAGAACCCAAACUGCCCUCCAGGAAAGAGUCAAACCUCGCUCUCCGUAACUAUCGAAGGGAGGAGAGAGAACGGGACCGUGAACGGGACAAAGAAAUGGACAAGGAACGAGACAGGGAGUGGCCGAUGGACGUCAAUUUCAAAGGUCGGGGCCGGGGAGAAUAUUACUCUAGAGGGCGAAGUUUCCGUGGGACGUACAGUGGCCGAGGGAGAGGUGGUCGUGGUCGGAGCAGAGAGUACCCUCACCGAGAACCUCGAUCCCGCUCAGAUUUGCCUUCUGGAGCAGCUGCCUUCCGUAACAGGGAGGAAAGCGAGACCCGCAGUGAGAGCUCUGACUUUGAGGUCAUACCGAAGCGUAGACGCCGCCGUGGCUCAGACACGGAUUCCGAAAGUGAGGGAGGGAGGGAGUCUGCCAGUGAUACCGGACCUUCUGAUCGCGAGCCUAGUGCUAAACCCAGCCGCCCGCUUCGACGCGAGCUUCCUGGCGAGGCACGUUCUGGCCUCCACAAGCCAGGCUUUGGACCACCUCACAUGGUGGACAAAGUGGGAUCUAGAUUGGAUGAAGAUGGACGACCCAAACCAGGAUUUUUACCCAAAGGAGAACCCUCUCGGCGGGGAAGAGGAGGGUUGUAUAGCAGACGAGGUGGAGCUAGGGAACGUGGAGGCCCUCGCGCCGCCCCUCUUAGAAGACCGCCAGUCAGAGAGUCCUCCUCUCACUGGCCUUCAAAGCCAAUGGAGAUAUUCAGGCCCGAGGACAUGGAGUCCACAUCAAGAUAUGAUCACCCACCUUCCGAUCGGCGGCCACCAAGAUCAGACGGCAAGAAGUUUCUGGAUGGCGGUCCUCAGAGUAGCAGAGAGAGACCUCGCCGAUCCAGACCGGCAAGACCUCCAAGGCAAGAUAAACCUCCUCGCUUCCGGCGGCUAAAGGAGCGAGAGGCUGCAGUAUUGGCAAGUGGGGAUCCGGGCCCAAAUCCACCUGUGUCGCUACCAUCUGUGCCUGUUCCUCCUCCUGCUGCCAUUUCUGCACCUGCAUCUGUCUCACCAACCUUAUCAAGAGCACCAGGAACCCCAUUGACUGUUCCUGCAGAUGCUCCAACGACCGUUUCCCCACACAACCUCCCUGCCCCCCACGACGGACCCUCUUCCGAGAGGGGCGGCCCUGCCGCUGUUGCUGCAGUCGGGACAAAGUCACCCGACUUGUCUAACCAGAACUCCUCAGAUCAAGCCAAUGAGGAAUGGGAGACUGCUUCUGAAAGCAGUGACUUCAACGAGAGAAGAGAGCGAGAGGAGAGGCGGGGAGCACAAGAGGCUGCAAACAACACGGCCGCCCCCGUCCCUGCUCAGCGCUCGCAGACACCCAGUAAAAGCCCUCCAGAGGGAGUCGUCUCACCCAAACGCGAUGGAACAGCCGCUGGAAAAAGGAGCUUCUCCAGCCAGAGGCCCAUCGAAAGACAAAACCGCAGAGGCAACAGUGGAACCAAACCUGGUCGCAGCUAUGGUGGUCCCAAGGGGGACAGAAGGGGUGGAGUUAAAGGUGGCCGCAAAGGCCCUGGGGUUCAGCAAAACUCUGAAGCAGCAGCAUCAGCCUCUGGAUCGUCAAGGUCCGCUAAAGAUCAGGCUGCAAGGCGCAAAGAUGAGGCCAAGCUGGCUGUCAAGAAGCCCAAAGAGAAUGCACUUUCUCAAUUUGACCUCAACAAUUAUGCCAGUGUUGUCAUCAUUGACGACCACCCUGAGGUCACCACCACUGAUGAUCCCCAGUCCAGCACCAACGAUGACGGUUUCACUGAGGUUGUCUCAAGGAAGCAACAGAAACGUCUUCAGGAUGAGGAGAAGCGGAAGAAGGAAGAGCAAACUACUCAGAAUUGGGGUAAAAAAGGCUCUGGUGACAAAAGCAGAGGUGGUGGAGGAAAGUUACCGCCACGAUUUGCUAAAAAGCAAUCAUCACAGCAACAGCAGCAGCAACAACAACAACAACAACCGCAGCAGCAACAACACCAGUCGUCUUCACAGUCUCAACCUGCAGCACCAGCAUCCACCCCCCAUGUCCCGCAACAGCCUGCCAUCCCUGCCCCACAGCAUGCCCACCUCCCCCCAGCUCAGCCAGCUGCAUCCCCCCAGACCCUUGAAGGAACAGUGCCCUCUGUGCCGGCCACGACUGUGGACUUCACCUCAAAGAACCUACCCCCUGCCACAGCUACAGCUCCAACGCACGGCAAUUUGGGAACUGAGCUGUGGGAGAAGAAAGUAGCGGGCCCGACCGUUCUACCCGAUGUCAAGAAGUUGGGUCCCAUCAGCCCUCCUCAGCCUCCUUCAGUGAGUGCCUGGAACAAACCUCUGACCUCUUUUACUGGCUCAGUCUCCUCGGAGGGCGGGAAACCCGGAACGGAGGGCGCUGUGGAGUUGGGUAUCGACAGUAUUCAGUUCGGGGCACCGUCGUCUGCUGGCAGCACGGACAGCGAUGGUGUUCCUGCUCUGCUAGAGACGCCUACAGACAAGCUUCCUGCUCCCAAAGAACAGAGGCAGAAACAACCUCGUGCCGGACCCAUCAAAACGCAGAAGAUGCCCGACAUUGAGCCGGUUGAAACAAAGGAGUACAAACCAGGUCCGAUUGGCAAAGAGCGCUCUCUGAAGAACCGCAAGGCAAAAGAUGCCCGAGGAGGGGAAGGUGAGGGCUUGGAGGCGGGAGUACCCGGAAGCGGUGGUGCCAGCAGAACCGCCGCCUCCAGUCCCCCUACCAGUGACACUGCGGUCACAGAGUUGGGCGGGGACAUCGAAGGCAUGAUCACCGUGCCAUCGGCCGAGUACACAAACUCCAAGGAGUCUGUUACGGACUACACCACGCCCUCUUCAUCACUCGCUGACAGUGUUCCAACUGGAAACAACAAAAUGGAAGAGAGUCUGGUCGCCAAUGUGGCACUACCACACUCAUUGCCCCUCCCUCGAAGAGAAACCCUACAGCAGAGCUCCCCACUCAGCACAGUCUCUCCUGCUACAGUUGACUUAACACUAAAGAUGGAAUCUGCUCGCAAAGCAUGGGAGAACUCGCCCAGUCUGGAAAAGAACUCCCCGGUCACGUCUUCCUCCUCACCGAUCACGUCAUGCGCGUCAUCGUACUCGUUUUCCUCGGCCUCAAUGCCGCAGAUUCCUGUGGCCUCUGUUACCCCCAGCACAUCGCUUUCUGGUUCUGGGACCUACACAACGUCGUCCCUAGGCACCAAGACCACCACCGCCUCGGACCCCCCCAACAUCUGUAAGGUUAAACCCCAGCAGUUACAGGGCGGGAGCCUGUCUUCUAGUGGUAACAGCGGCAGUAGCUUUUCUCAACUUGGCUGCGUGCCCCCGCUGCUGCCCCAGCAGCAGCAGACGCCGCAGGUGUAUGUCUCUCAGUCUGCAGCAGGUUCUGCAGCUCAGAUUCCAGCCUUCUAUAUGGACACUAGCCAUCUCUUCAACACCCCGCACCCUCGCUUGGCUCCUCCCUCUUUAGCACAGCAGCAAGGCUUCCAACCCGGUCUCUCCCAGCCAACAGCGGUGCAGCAGAUUCCUAUACCCAUCUAUGCUCCGCUGCAAGGUCAACCCCAGCACCAACACACGCACCAGGCCCAACUUGGACUUGGCGCCGGUCCUCCUGUCUCGCAGCCCCAGGACCUGUUCAGUUCCUCGCUGCAGCCUUACAGGUCUCAGCAGGCGUUCAUGCAGAGCAGCCUGUCGCAGCCCUCCAUGAUGCUGUCAGGGCCCUCGCUGCACAGCUACCCUGGCGUACAGGCGCCCGAACUGGGCAAGCCGCAGUCCAGCCUGGCUUACCAGCAGCCUUCCUCCACGCAGCACAUCCCCAUUCUGUUUGAGCCGCAGCUCAACCAGCCGUCCGGCAUGGGGGGCUCCCAGCUCAUUGACACCCACCUGCUUCAGGCUCGACAGGGGAUGAAUCAGCAUUCUAGCAUGUACUCUGGGCAAGUGCAGCAACAUGGGCAAAGCAGUUACUACAGCAACACUCAGUCACCGAGUUCAGCAAUGCAGCAGGUGACAGUGCCCCUGCCUUCUCAGCUGUCUCUGGCCAACUUCGGAUCGGGCGGUGGUCAGCCCCUCUUGGCCAUGCCGCCCACGCCUCCGCAACCUCAGCCCCCCAACAUCGGAAGGCAACCACCCAUUUCCCAGCCUUACCGAGGCCUUAUGGGUCCCAGCCACAGUCACAGCCACAGCAUGAUGCAGCCUCCCACCAGCAAGAUGGAUAUGGACCUCAAGCUGUUUGGUGGCGGGAUGGACGUGAAGCCUGCAACGCCGCCAGUUAGUGCCCGGAGCACCACGCCCACCUCCAGCCCUUACAGGGCGAGCUCCACGUCCCCUAGCAGCCAGUCAGCCAAAUUGAACAGCAUGUUGUACCAGAAGCAGUUUCAGGCCAAUUCUGGCAGCAUGAGGAUGACUCAGCACUUCCCAACCCAGUUCAAUCCACAGCUUCUGUCCCAAGCCAAUAUGGUGUCCCCACUUGUGCGGGCGCCUCACGCCAACUCCUUUGGUGGCGGCGGCGGCAUGCAGCGCUCACCCAUGGGACCACCCAUGACCCCCAAUGUGGGUAUGGGCGGUGGCGGCGGAGGCCUCAUGCCGCACCCCCGCCCUCAGCACCCGCAACACGGCCAGCACACUCAGCACCCACCCGCCCGGGGGCCUGGCGGACCACCUGCACCGCCCAGGGGUACGCAGGCUGCCCUGAAGGCUGAGCAGGACCUUAAGGCCAAGCAGCGCGCCGAGGUGCUCCAGUCCACCCACAAGUUCUUCUCGGAGCAGCAGCAGCUGAGCAAGGCGCUCAAGGCGCCGCCCCAGCUGCUGGACGCCGCCAUGCCCCAGCUGCCGCCACCCAACUCCAACCCCGACGCCGACAAACCGCCCUCCCAAGUCUCUGCGCUGGCAGCGGCCAAGCCCGUCCGCACAGGGCCCAUUAAGCCGCAGGCCGUCAAGCCGGAAGAGGGAAAGUAA